UUCAAAAAGAAUAUGGCCGUGUUGCGGCCAAGUGUGAAUGUAAAUAUGAAUGGUCACAAUAAUAUUCAUAGUCAGUUAACGAAAUCUUUGGAAAGGAUUCUUGAAGAUGCUUACUUAAGUGGUGAAUUAAAAUUGAGUGGACGAAAGUUGCGCGAGUUUCCUAAACCAGUGAAAUUUGACUUGAGUGAUACAGUUUUGGCCGAUUUGUCUAAGAAUAGAUUUAGUGACGUGCCUGAUGAAGUGACGACGUAUGUGUAUUUAGAGAAGUUGUUGCUAUCACAAAAUGUAAUCAGAAGUGUACCGGAGACCGUUGGUGGACUCCAGUCUCUCACAUAUCUUGAUCUCAGUUCGAAUCAACUAACGGAGUUGCCGCGUGAAGUAUGUCAGAUGCCACUACAAGUCCUCCUCGUGCCGGACAAUUUGCUGGCGACGUUGCCGAAGGAAAUCGGGAAGAUGACCUCCCUGGCGGAGCUGGACGCUUCCAACAACAGAUUGACGCAGGUGCCCAUGACCCUGGGCGACUGCGCCGGCCUCCGAGCGCUGGAUCUUAGUAAUAACCAGCUGGGAUUGCUGCCUUUACAAAUCACAUACUUGCGACUGGAGCACCUGGACGUGAGCUGCAACUGCAUAUCAUCGCUGCCACUGGAGCUGCGCAACAUGAACACGCUCGUCACACUCAAUCUAGACAACAAUCCGCUUGUCUCACCGCCCACCACUGUAUGCAUGCGCGGGCGUGUGCAUAUAUUCAAAUAUCUGGAGAACAUGUCGAACAAGGAUUCGUUGCCGGCACACAGGCGUGUUGACGAGACGAGACGCUCAGCAAAACACACCUCGUAUAUCAGCUCUCCGCAAAGCGCGCAGAUCACAUCCGGCAAUGCCACCAUCGACUGCUUGCGACACAAGCCACGGCACGUCAUCGACAGUGGAUACUGCACCGAUGGCGUGGACAAGAGGUGGUCGAAUGAUGGUGGAGGCGAGGGUGGCGGUGGCUCGGGAAGGUCCACACCGAGCACGCCAUCCACACUGUCUCCAGGCGCGGCGCUGUCCAGGGCUCAGUCGCUCUCCAGUGAAUCACCUUUGGCCCCUUUGACGCCAUUACUCACCGGCCUCCGUAUAUCACCCGAAGGGAACAUUACAAACGGCGACGAUAAGACUAAAUUAGCACAUCAGCAAACGUACAGACAAUACAAAGAAGCCCUAAGACAACAACGCCAGCAAGACAUCUACCGGCCCCGAACCGAACAACCUUCCCCCGAACUGGAUUCCUCCCCGCAGUCCCAGAGCCCAGUACACUUCCAGCGCUCCUCCGCCCCCCACUCUCCAGUCAACGGAUACAGUAACGUAUCUCCUAACCUUUACAAUCGCUCCCUCUCCUCGAACUCAACAACCACCUCCACCUCCACACCUAACACUUCACAAGCACCAAACUCCCCUCUCCUCCACUCAACACCGAGGAGAUUCCAAAAUCAGAAUGGAAACAGCGAAAAAACAGAGGAAACCAACAAAAGACCAGUACAAAAAGUCGUACCUUCUAGAAACGUUAAUAAAAUGUACACAUCUGUCAAUGGGAACGUCGACUACGCGCGCGUCAACGGACAAACGGAAACUUAUAUAAAACCAUCUUCACCUACAAAAUCACCCACGAAUACACUAGGAUACAAUAGUAUAGGCAUGAAAUCUAAUAUACCGAGACAGACUAACGGAGGGGAGGGCGCUAAACUACUUACGACAACAGUAUCGUACUUGAAAGGUGCCGGUCCCAAGCCGGCGAGCAAGAUGGCCUGGAACAAGGACGCGCCGCUCGACAAGCUCAGCUUCACCAUGAAGAGAGAGUUUGACAAACAGAAGGAGGAAAGCGAACUCCUCGAACAGUUACGGACGAUAAUAGAGUCCCGCCUGAAGAUGUCUCUGCCGGAGCAGGUGGCGCCGGUGUUGGCGGAUGGUGUGGUGCUGUGUCAUCUCGCCAACCAUGUGCGGCCUCGUGCCGUCGCCUCCGUGCACGUGCCCUCCCCCGCACAGCCUAAACUUACAAUGGCAAGGUGUAGAAGAAACGUAGACAAUUUCUUGGAAGCGUGUCGAAAAAUUGGAGUCGAAGAGGAGCUCAUCUGUUCGCCCGCCGACAUACUGGGGGUGGGCAAUGCCGGGCAGGGGGUGCAGGGGGUGCAGGGGGCGGCCGCUGUGCGCCCACUCGCCUGCACCGUCGUCGCCCUAACACACGCCACGCCGCACUCCGCAAGGGAUAUACAAAGCGACCCCCAACAAAACGAGAACGCUUUCGAUGAAGAUAUGAACGGAGACCCCCAAGCUGACACCAUCGAAGUCAACUAUCAAAGACAACUGAACAGAUACGCUGAAGAUAGGUGCAUAAGCAAUUUCAACUUCACAGACUACGCUAACAAUUACACAAUCGACGAAUCGGAGGAGUUUCAUUUGAAUUACGAAAAUAACAACGAAACUAACCAAAACGCUAGUUACUCGCCCGUCUACGAAGGUGUAAGGAAUAGAGGAUCUUAUUACGUGAACAAUAGGAUUCAAUUCGUGACGCCGUUUUGCAAAGGGAACGGCGUACUCCAGAGCGAUAAUUUCGAAAUUUACGACACCGAUGAAGUUGAUUUUCCAGUUGAAAUGAUCAACGAUGAUGAGGGAAGGUACGAUAGAGAUAAAUUGAAUCUAGAUUUGCAGAAUAACAUAAACAGGGAAAUGACGCCGUACGUAGAAACGGACAAGGAAAGGGAACAUAGGUUGAUGGUCACGUGGUUAUGUCUCGGUACAUUUUUCGUGUCCGCCAUCUUACUUAUUAUAUUUCCAUUGUAAUUUUGUUUUUGUAUUGAGAAAAUUAAGCUCCCACACCAGCAAUGAUUUCGUUAAACCGAACUAUUUUCAUAGUGAUGUUAAAUUGUACAAACAAGGAAACUGACGGUAU